ACUGUUUACUUUCUUUCCCUCCCCUUAUUCAUGAGCUAAGCAACUUGCCCUGCGUUCAACACACUUUUUUUCCAAACCCUACAUGGAACAUUGUGUGAGUGAAGUAUAUCAGUUUUGUAACCGUCAGCACACCUUCACAAUGUCCUCUCAUCUUUAGAAGUUUAUCGGCCGUGUGAGAGGCAAAGGACGGUUUUAAUCUUGAGCAACAUGACACUCAAAUCACACUGCACGCAUCAAGGCAUGGCUACAGGUUCUCUAUGGAAUAGCACACAGUGUACAAGACAGCAUAAUACUAAACCACAACACAUCUACCUCACCAAAACACAUCCAAUGGACCAAAGGAGACCGAGACCUCACAGGUUUCACUCCUGUCUGAUGUUUCGCUUUAAGGAGCGGGUGAGGAUGGACCAAAGAUCGUGUGGAGGAGACGUCCAGGGAGAAAAUACUGAGAGCAGAUUGAGGGAACUGGCCCUAAAGUGGUUCACAGAAACCCAAGCUCCUCUAAUUCUCCAUAACGGCAACUUUCCAGAAUGGUUCCAGGGAUUUAUCAGCAGAAAGGAAGCAGAGGAACAUCUAAAAGAUAAGACCUUGGGCUGUUUCCUCAUUCGACUCAGCGAUAAAGCUACUGGAUACAUUUUGUCAUAUAAAGGUCGUGAUCGAUGUCGACACUUUGUCAUCAAUCAGAAUAAAGAUGGACGUUUUAUCGUGACGGGUGACACAGAGAAGCACGAUUCACUAACCAGCCUCAUUGAAUAUUAUAAGAUCAGACCCAUUGAGCCAUUUGGAGAAUAUCUGACAAACUCAUGUUGUGAGUCUUCCACAAGUGAGUUGUAUGAUGUCAUUCAUGUUGACCUAAGGGAAAAGCCAGGUGUGAGUGUUAAAGCUGUGAAGCAUAUUUGGAACCAGCACCGUGAGAUUUUACAGCCCCCCGCCCUGCCACCCAAAAGCAACAGAAAUAUGCAGGCAGUCCCUGCGGUGCCAAAAAAAGGCCCUCCUCCGAAAACGCCCUCGGAGGAAACAAACCACACCUCGGAAAAUGUGCUCUAUACCCAGGUGGACCUGAUGAAGCCCAAAGAAAGAGCAAGAUCGCCCACUGAGGGCGGGGACAUUUCACACACAGCUUUUAGGGUCAACCAGGAUGGAGAACCCAAAGGCCCGAGACAAGGAACUGUAUACUCUGAACUCGUAGUGCCAAACUGCAGAAGUCAAUCUCUGCCUCUCCUCGAAGACGACACUGUGCCAGACAAACAUUUCUACAGUCGAACCCAAUCUCAGCUCAAUAACUCCUCCACUAAUCGGUUGCCAGGUCUCAGCACCAGUCUGGAUAAGCUAUGCAAUUCUUCUCUCUACCAAUUAGCCGGAACAUCUGGCAACCAAAGCAUGGUUGGGAAGAGACUGUCAAAGGUCAACACGGAUGAUGUUACAUAUGCUGAGGUGCCUGCCGAACAUGUUCCUAAUCACUUCUGUAUUGACAACACAUACGAGCAGAUUCCCGAGUCAAGGCUUGCAGCCACAGCAGCGGGUAAUAGGACACACACUAACACCUACGAGACGCUAACAGACCUCAGACCAAAGCAGAACAAUUCAGCUCGGGCUGUUAAGGCUGAGAAAUGGAAAUGGCUUUCUCCGGAAUACUGGAAAAAAUGAUACAGAUCGUUACAGGCCUGAAUCACAUCAUCACAAGAUCACACUAAAUAAGAACAUUAAUAAAAAAAUAAAUUAUUAAAACCUAUUAACCAUUAUAAAGAAUUUAACAUAUUUCAGAUUAUGUAAUAUCACAAAUACUUAAGCUUUAUAUUUAACAUACUGUGCUGUGGAUCUUUUGUGUUUUUUGUUUGUUAAAUAUUUUACUAUGUAUGUGUUUAAUGAAUAUUUAUUAACUUAAUAAACUUUAAGUUCUCCUCUUAUAGUUCAUUGACAUUAACUGACAAGAAGUAAACAGAUAUCAUA